AUGUCUGAGCCUGAUUCCUUAACAACGCCUGCGCUCGAUAACGAACAUCCCUCUCCCUCGUCAUCCAGGAACAACAGUCAACCCAGCUCAGCUUCCGAGAGAAUCAUCGUUGAUCCUGUUGCUCUCAUUCCAGUCCACGCUAUCAGACCAUCAACUUCUGCUAUCCACCCUCCGGAAACACCUGUCAAGUCCUCGGCUACAGCAGCGACUGUCGAAUCUGCGACUUCGGAGAUUUCACACGAUCAUCACGCACAUACGCAUACGUGCACGUCAACCUGCAGGCGAGUCGCUACUACAGAAGAAUUCACCAAAUGUGGAUAUAUCGCUCAACCCGUCUCCUUCUAUCGCAACAAGGCUGUUUAUGGCAAUCCAACACCAAGUAAGGUACAAGCUAUGGACUGGAUGAAGUCGCGAUUCCAAAGCGAUGCGAGGAAACCUAGUCGUGUAUGGUAUCAUCAUCCAGACUAUUGCGAGGGAUAUCCAUGCAGAGGCGAUAUCCUGUAUUGUCCGGUACUUGACAAAUGCUUCUUCAAGGAAAGAUGCGUGAAGCAUUAUGCGAUGAGGUCGAGGGAACGUUGUGUACCUUUCAACGAUGGACUGCGAUCGGAUUCCCGUUCAAAUUCGAACUCCACUGCAGUUUCUACCAACGAAGCUGAGUUGCGAUCGACACCAACACCGACACACCAAGCAGGACCCGAAAUCUUCUCUCGAAAACGUCAGAUCAGUAUCAACGAUCUCCUCAACGGGAAUGGCAAUGGAAAUGGAAAUGGGCCUAAACGAGUACGAAAGGUGAUCUCCUAUGCGGAAUCGGAAGAGGAAGAAGAGGAGGAAUCUUCGGAAGAAACGGGUUUGCCCAUCAAGUACUAUACUCCGAAGACUAAAGAUGUGCCAGUGUAUAACAAAGACAUUCUUUUCCCCACGCCACCUUCACUUCCACUGAACAACCUCGCUGAUCCACUGUCAUUUGAUCGCGACCACCAUCCUGAACAGACCUUGCUUACACCUUCGUCUCAAGAUGAUAUUGGGCAGUACCACUCGUUCUCGCGAAUUCAGGAUGAAGACGAUGAAGACCAAGAGAUCGAUAAUGCUAUGGCAAUGAUGUGGAAAAGGAUGUACACCCAAACGAAAGAUCAGUUAGAUGCCACCACCGUCCGAUUGUUGGAAGUGCAAGAUGAUCUUGCGAUUGCGAAGGAGAGAAGGAUAGAGCUUGAGAUAAGGGAGAAGACGUGGGAGAAGCAAGUUUCGCAUCUCAAACAACAGAUUCAUGAGGCAAAUAGGAAUAGGACGGAUUGA